AUGGAAGGCGGUGAGAGAAGCCCGUUGAGAGUGGAGGGCAUGAAAAUGAGGCUGCAGGCUGAUCGGGCCUUCGUCAUGGAGCCCGAUGUGGCGGUUUCGUCGCCGGUGACCCGCCAGAAAGCCGCCGCCGCUAAACAGAUUAUUGAGAAUCAUUACAAAAAUUACUUGCAAGGGUUGCAAGAUCGAAAAGAAAGGAGGAGGGCUUUGCAGAGAAGGGCACAAGAGGAUAAAGUGUCUAGCGAGGAGGAAGAAAGGAUGUUGAGGAAUUUGGAGAAGAGAGAAACUGAGUACAUGAGAUUGCAAAGGCAUAAAGUUGGCAUUGAUGAUUUUGAGCAGUUGACCAUCAUUGGCAAAGGAGCAUUUGGGGAGGUCAGAUUAUGCCGCGCUAAAAACACAGGAGAAAUUUAUGCCAUGAAAAAGUUGAAAAAGUCUGAGAUGCUUAGCCGUGGACAGGUUGAGCAUGUCCGAUCGGAAAGGAAUUUGCUUGUCGAGGUCGAUAGUCGGUGCAUAGUGAAGCUCUUUUAUUCCUUUCAAGACUCUGAAUUCUUAUAUCUCAUCAUGGAGUAUUUACCUGGUGGUGAUAUUAUGACUCUUUUGAUGAGAGAGGACACUCUCUCGGAGGACAUUGCCCGUUUUUACAUUGCAGAGAGCAUUCUUGCCAUUCAUUCUAUUCAUCAACAUAGUUAUGUACACAGGGAUAUCAAGCCGGAUAAUCUGAUUUUAGACAGAAAUGGGCAUUUGAAGCUUUCUGAUUUUGGCUUGUGUAAGCCGCUGGAAAAAUAUUCAUCCAUGUUACUGGAAGAUGAUGAUUUUAUUGCUCGGGAUUCUAAAAAUGAGAGCGAAGGGCAAUCGGGCAGUGAGACUGCUCCUUGGUUAAUGGCUAAAGAGCAGUUACAACAGUGGAAGCGCAAUCGUCGUGCCUUGGCAUAUUCUACAGUGGGGACACUUGAUUAUAUGGCGCCAGAGGUUUUGUUAAAGAAAGGGUACGGGAUGGAGUGUGAUUGGUGGUCUUUGGGGGCAAUAUUGUACGAGAUGCUCAUAGGUUAUCCUCCAUUUUGUUCUGAUGAUCCUAGGAUGACAUGUCGCAAGAUAAUAAAUUGGAGAACAUGCUUGAAGUUCCCUGAAGAACCGAAAAUAUCUUAUGAGGCUAAGGAUCUGAUCCUCCAUUUGUUAUGUGAUGUUGACAAAAGAUUGGGGACUCGAGGUGUUGACGAAAUUAAGGGACAUCCAUGGUUUAAAGGCAUCAAAUGGGACCUGCUUUAUGAAAUGGAGGCAGCAUACGUACCAACUGUGAACGGAGAUUUAGACACGCAGAAUUUUGAAAAAUUUGAUGAGGUAGAAAAGCCACCAUCUGACACGCCAAGAGUAGGACCUUGGAGGAAGAUGUUAACAUCCAAAGAUGCCAACUUUAUUGGAUAUACAUUCAAAAAAUCGGAUCUCCUUAAAUCAGCUGACACGGCAGGCAUAGAUUUGAGUUCAAAUGGACCUUCCAAGCCUCCAUCAGUGAUGUCAUUAUUUGGCCAAAUGGACCUGCGAGAUUCUGUAAUAGCCGAGGACGAUCCCAAGCCGCAUGUUUGA